GCCAUCGCACAGGACAUCUACACGGACCUGGUGGACGAUGCCUCCCUGGGCCUCUGCUUCGAAGUCCACCGGGCGGUCAAGUGCGGCUACUUCUUCUUGGACGACACGGACCCCGACAGCACGAAGGACUUCG